AUGUCCGCUGAGAAAGUAGAAAAUAUUUAUCCGCUCGCAGCACUGCUCUUGCACGAAUGUGGUCAGGAUGUGACAAAGGAGGGUAUGCUGGAAAUAUUUGCUCAUGUCAAGGCCGAGUGUCAGCCGAAAUUGGCGGAGCUAUACAGUUUUGAUAAAGAAAGGAUGGAAAGCAUAUAUGAAAUGCUGACUCAGGCACCAGUUGCUGCCUCGGGAGUAGCGGUUGCAGAGAGUGCGGCGGCGAAAGAAGAAGCUAAGCCUAAGGAGGAGGCUGCAUCUGCAGCAGCUGAUGACGUUGAUCUGUUUGGAGACGAUGAUCUUUUCGGAUGAGUGAAUAAAGGAGUUAUUUCAUGAAAUACGUGUUUUGAGGAUAAGUGAUCUAACUUGGGAGCAUACUUGGUUCGUUUAGACAGUAAAUUUUGCCUGCU